AUGGUAAAUGGCAGUGUUGCUCAUGUUGAUUUUAACUACAUUCAAGUUUGUGAGCCUGUGCAUAGUGGACCACCCCCACAUACAUUGGUAUUUAACUUGAUUUUUCUGUUCAGACGCUGUAACUCUGACAAUGAAGCGGACACUGAGGGACUUUUUCAGUGGUACCACUGUCAGGAGCAGCAAAGGAGUAAGUGCAGGCCCAGCUACAGACCCCUCCAGAACCAGAGCAGGUCCAGCUACAGACCCCUCCAGAACCAGAGCAGGUCCAGCUACAGACCCUUCCAGCAGCAGCAGCACCAGUGCAGGCCCAGUUACAGACCUCUCCAGAACCAGAGCAGGUCCAGCUACAGACCCCUCCAGCAGCAGCUCCAGAGCAGGCCCAGUUACAGACCUCUCCAGAACCAGAGCAGGUCCAGCUACAGCUCGCCCCUCCAGCAGCAGCACCAGAGCAGACCCAGCUACAGCUGGCCCCUCCAGCAGCAGCACCAGUCCAGGCCCAGCUAUAGACCUCUCCAGCACCAGAGCAGGCCAAGCUACAGACCCCUCCAGCAGCAGCAGCACCAGUCCAGGCCCAGUUGCAGACCCCUCCAGCAAAAGAGCAGGCCCAGCUACAGACCCCUCCAGCAGCACCAGUCCAGGCCCAGUUACAGACCUCUCCAGAACCAGAGCAGGCCCAGCUACAGACCCCUCCAGCAGCAGAGCAGGCCCAGCUACAGACCCCUCCAGCAGCAGAGCAGGCCCAGCUACAGACCCCUCCAGCAGCAAUUUGCCAAUAUGCUGGAAUUUAAAACAAUAUGAACACUUCAAGACCAAAUUCCCUUUCAUAUAUGUUUCAAAUAAAGCCCUAGGAUGUGAGGUUUGUAGGGAUGCAGCUUCAGCAGGAGUUUUUAA